AUGAAAAUCGGGAGAAUGGGGCGGGGUGAUGAAAAGCACAUUCUCCCUCUUUCCAUCACCCCUCCCCAUUCUCCCGCUUUCCAUCACCCCGCCCCAUUCUCCCGCUUUCCAUCACCCCGCCCCAUUCUCCCUCUUUCCAUCACCCCGCCCUAUUCUCCCUCUUUCCAUCACCCCGCCCCAUUCUCCCACUUUCCAUCACCCCGCCCCAUUCUCCCGCUUUCCAUCACCCCACCCCAUUCUCCCGCUUUCCAUCACCCCGCUCCAUUCUCCCGCUUUCCAUCACCCCGCCCAAUUCUCCCUCUUUCCAUCACCCCUCCCCAUUCUCCCUCUUUCCAUCACCCCGCCCCAUUCUCCCACUUUCCAUCACCCCGCCCCAUUCUCCCGCUUUCCAUCACCCCGCCCCAUUCUCCCGCUUUCCAUAACCCCGCCCCAUUCUUCCGCUUUCCAUCACCCCGCCCCAUUCACCCCGCCCCAUUCUCCCUCCUUCCAUCAACCCGCCCCGUUCUCCCGCUUUUCAUCACCCCGCCCCAUUCUCCCUCUUUCCAUCACCCCGCCCCAUUCUUCCGCUUUUCAUCACCCUACCCCAUUCUCCCACUUUCCAUCACCCCGCCCCAUUCCCCCUCUUCCCAUCAGCCCGCCCCACUCUCCCGAUUUUCUUCACCCCACCCCAUUCUUCCGCUUUUCAUCACCCCGCCCCAUUCUCCCGCUUUCCAUCACCCCGCCCCAUUCUCCCGCUUUCCAUCACCCCGCCCCAUUCUCCCGCUUUCCAUCACCCCGCCCCAUUCUCCCGCUUUCUAUCACUCCGCCCCAUUCUCCCGCUUUCCAUCACCUCGCCCCAUUCUCAAGCUUUCCAUCACCCCGCCCCAUUCUCCCGCUUUCCAUCACCCGCCCCAUUCUCCCGCUUUCCAUCACCCCGCCCCAUUCUCCCGCUUUCCAUCACCCCGCCCCAUUCUUCCGCUUUCCAUCACCCCGCCCCAUUCUCCCGCUUUCCAUCACCCCACCCCAUUCUCCCGCUUUCCAUCACCCUGCCCCAUUCUCCCUCUUUCCAUCACCCCGCCCCAUUGUCCCGCUUUCCAUCACACCGCCCCAUUCUCCCUCUAUCCACCACCCCGCCCUAUUCUCCCUCUUUCCAUCACCCCGCCCCAUUCUCCCGCUUUCCAUCACCCCGCCUCAUUCUCUGCUUUCCAUCACCCCUCCCCAUUUUCCCGCUUUCCAUCACCCCGACCCAUUCUCCCGCUUUCCAUCACCCCGCCCCAUUCUCCCUCUUUCCAUCACCCCGCCCCAUUGUCCCUCUUUCCAUCACCCCGCCCAAUUCUUCCUCUUUCCAUCACCCUGCCCCAUUCUCCCUCUUUCCAUCACCCCGCCUCAUUCUCCCGCUUUCCAUCACACCACCCCAUUCUCCCGCUUUCCAUCACCACGCCCCAUUUUCCCUCUUUCCAUCACCCCGCCCCAUUCUCCCGCUUUCCAUCACCCCGCCCCAUUCUCCCGCUUUCCAUCACCCCGCUCCAUUCUCCCGCAUUCCAUCACCCCGCCCAAUUCUCCCUCUUCCCAUCACCCCUCCCCAUUCUCCCUCUUUCCAUCACCCCGCCCCGUUCUCCCGCUUUCCAUCACCCCGCCCCAUUCUCCCUCUUUCCAUCACCCCGCCCCAUUCUCCCGCUUUCCAUCACCCCGCCCCAUUCUCCCUUUUCCAUCAUCCCGCCCCAUUCUCCCGCUUUCUAUCACCCCGCCCCAUUCUCCCUCGUUCCAUCACCCCGCCCCAUUCUCUCGCUUUCCAUCACACCACCCCAUUCUCCCGCUUUCCAUCACCACGCCCCAUUUUCCCUCUUUCCAUCACCCCGCCCCAUUCUCCCGCUUUCCAUCACCCCGCCCCAUUCUCCCGCUUUCCAUCACCCCGCUCCAUUCUCCCGCAUUCCAUCACCCCGCCUUAUUCUCCCUCUUUCCAUCACCCCUCCACAUUCUCCCUCUUUCCAUCACCCCGCCACAUUCUCCCGCUUUCCAUCACCGCGCCUCAUUAUCCCUCUUUCCAUCACCCCGCCCCAUUCUCCCGCUUCUCAUCACACCGCCCCAUUCUCCCUCUAUCCAUCACCCCGCCCUAUUCUCCCGCUUUCCAUCACACCGCCCCAUUCUCCCGCUUUCCAUCACCCCUCCCCAUUCUCCCGCUUUCCAUCACCCCGCCCCAUUCUCCCGCUUUCCAUCACCCCGCCCCAUACUCCUUCUUUCCAUCACCCCGCCCUAUUCUCCCUCUUUCCAUCACCCCGCUCCAUUCUCCCGCUUUCCAUCACCCCGCCUCAUUCUCCCGCUUUCCAUCACCCCACCCCAUUCUCUCGCUUUCCAUCACCCCGCUCUAUUCUCCCGCUUUCCAUCACCCCGUCCAGUUCUCCCUCUUUCCAUCACCCCUCCCCAUUAUCCCUCUUUCCAUCACCCCGCCCCAUUCUCCCUCUUUCCAUCACCCCGCCCCAUUCUCCCGCUUUCCAUCACCCCGCCCCAUUCUCCCUCUUUCCAUCACCCCACCCCAUUCUCCCGCUUUCCAUCACCCCGCCCCAUUCUCCCGCUUUCCAUCACCCCGCCCCAUUCUUCCGCUUUCCAUCACCCCGCCCCAUUCUCCCUCUUUCCAUCUCCCCGCCCCAUUCUCCCUCUCUCCAUCACCCCGCCCUAUUCUCCCGCUUUCCAUCAUCCCGCCCCAUUCUCCCGCUUUCAAUCACCCCGCCCCAUUCUUCCGCUUUCCAUCACCCCGCCCCAUUCUUCCGCUUUCCAUCACCCCGCCCCAUUCUCCCGCUUUCCAUCACCCCGCCCCAUUCUCCCUCUUUCCAUCACCCCACCCCAUUCUCCCGCUUUCCAUCACCCCGCCCCAUUCUCCCGCUUUCCAUCACCCCGCCCCAUUCUUCCGCUUUCCAUCACCCCGCCCCAUUCUCCCUCUUUCCAUCUCCCCGCCCCAUUCUCCCUCUCUCCAUCACCCCGCCCUAUUCUCCCGCUUUCCAUCAUCCCGCCCCAUUCUCCCGCUUUCAAUCACCCCGCCCCAUUCUUCCGCUUUCCAUCACCCCGCUCCAUUCUCCCGCUUUCCAUCACCCCGCCCCAUUCUCCCGCUUUCCAUCACCCCACCCCAUUCUCUCGCUUUCCAUCACCCCGCUCCAUUCUCCCGCUUUCCAUCACCCCGUCCAGUUCUCCCUCUUUCCAACACCCCUCCCCAUUAUCCCUCUUUCCAUCACCCCGCCCCAUUCUCCCUCUUUCCAUCACCCCGCCCCAUUCUCCCGCUUUCCAUCACCCCGCUCCAUUCUCCCUCUUUCCAUCACCCCACCCCAUUCUCCCGCUUUCCAUCACCCCGCCCCAUUCUCCCGCUUUCCAUCACCCCGCCCCAUUCUUCCGCUUUCCAUCACCCCGCCCCAUUCUCCCUCUUUCCAUCUCCCCGCCCCAUUCUCCCUCUCUCCAUCACCCCGCCCUAUUCUCCCGCUUUCCAUCAUCCCGCCCCAUUCUCCCGCUUUCAAUCACCCCGCCCCAUUCUUCCGCUUUCCAUCACCCCGCCCCAUUCUCCCGCUUUCCAUCACCCCGCCCCAUUCUCCCGCUAUUUCAUCACCCCGCCCCAUUCUCCCUCUUUCCAUCACCCCGCAACAUUCUCCCUCUUUUCAUCACCCCACCCCAUUCUCCCGCUUUCCAUCACCCCGCCCCAUUCUCCCGCUUUCUGUCAACCCGCCUCAUUCUCCCGCUUUCCAUCACCCCACCCCAUUCUCCCGCUUUCCAUCACCCCACCCCAUUCUCCCGCUUUCCAUCACCCCCCCCUAUUCUCCCUCUUUCCAUCACCCUGUCCCAUUCUCCCGCUUUCCAUCACCGUCCCAUUCUCCUUCUUUCCAUCACCCCACCCAAUUCUCCCGCUUUCCAGCACCCCGCCCCAUUGUCCCUCUUUCCAUCACCCCGCCCCAUUCUCCCGCUUUCCACCACCCCGCUCCAUUCUCCCGCUUUCCAUCACCCCGCCCAAUUCUCCCUCUUUCCAUCACCCCUCCCCAUUCUCCCUCUUUCCAUCACCCCGCCACAUUCUCCCGCUUUCCAUCACCGCGCCUCAUUAUCCCUCUUUCCAUCACCCCGCCCCAUUCUCCCGCUUUCCAUCACACCGCCCCAUUCUCCCUCUAUCCACCACCCCGCCCUAUUCUCCCUCUUUCCAUCACCCCGCCCCAUUCUCCCGCUUUCCAUCACCCCGCCCCAUUCUCCCGCUAUUUCAUCACCCCGCCCCAUUCUCCCUCUUUCCAUAACCCCGCCCUAUUCUCCCUCUUUCCAUCACCCCGCAACAUUCUCCCUCUUUUCAUCACCCCACCCCAUUCUCCCGCUUUCCAUCACCCCGCCCCAUUCUCCCGCUUUCUGUCAACCCGCCUCAUUCUCCCGCUUUCCAUCACCCCACCCCAUUCUCCCGCUUUCCAUCACCCCACCCCAUUCUCCCGCUUUCCAUCACCCCCCCCUAUUCUCCCUCUUUCCAUCACCCUGCCCCAUUCUCCCGCUUUCCAUCACCGUCCCAUUCUCCUUCUUUCCAUCACCCCACCCAAUUCUCCCGCUUUCCAUCACCCCGCCCCAUUGUCCCUCUUUCCAUCACCCCGCCCCAUUCUCCCGCUUUCCACCACCCCGCUCUAUUCUCCCGCUUUCCAUCACCCCGCCCAAUUCUCCCUCUUUCCAUCACCCCUCCCCAUUCUCCCUCUUUCCAUCACCCCGCCACAUUCUCCCGCUUUCCAUCACCGCGCCUCAUUAUCCCUCUUUCCAUCACUCCGCCCCAUUCUCCCGCUUUCCAUCACACCGCCCCAUUCUCCCUCUAUCCAUCACCCCGCCCUAUUCUCCCGCUUUCCAUCACACCGCCCCAUUCUCCCGCUUUCCAUCACCCCUCCCCAUUCUCCCGCUUUCCAUCACCCCGCCCCAUUCUCCCGCUUUCCAUCACCCCGCCCCAUACUCCUUCUUUCCAUCACCCCGCCCUAUUCUCCCUCUUUCCAUCACCCCGCUCCAUUCUCCCGCUUUCCAUCACCCCGCCCCAUUCUCCCGCUUUCCAUCACCCCACCCCAUUCUCCCGCUUUCCAUCACCCCGCUCCAUUCUCCCGCUUUCCAUCACCCCGUCCAGUUCUCCCUCUUUCCAUCACCCCUCCCCACUAUCCCUCUUUCCAUCACCCCGCCCCAUUCUCCCUCUUUCCAUCACCCCGCCCCAUUCUCCCGCUUUCCAUCACCCCGCCCCAUUCUCCCUCUUUCCAUCACCCCGCCCCAUUCUCCCGCUUUCCAUCACCCCGCCCCAUUCUCCCGCUUUCCAUCACCCCGCCCCAUUCUUCCGCUUUCCAUCACCCCGCCCCAUUCUCCCUCUUUCCAUCUCCCCGCCCCAUUCUCCCUCUCUCCAUCACCCCGCCCUAUUCUCCCGCUUUCCAUCAUCCCGCCCCAUUCUCCCGCUUUCAAUCACCCCGCCCCAUUCUUCCGCUUUCCAUCACCCCGCCCCAUUCUCCCGCUUUCCAUCACCCCGCCCCAUUCUCCCGCUAUUUCAUCACCCCGCCCCAUUCUCCCUCUUUCUAUAACCCCGCCCUAUUCUCCCUCUUUCCAUCACCCCGCAAUUUUCUCCCUCUUUUCAUCACCCCACCCCAUUCUCCCGCUUUCCAUCACCCCGCCCCAUUCUCCCGCUUUCUGUCAACCUGCCUCAUUCUCCCGCUUUCCAUCACCCCACCCCAUUCUCCCGCUUUCCAUCACCCCACCCCAUUCUCCUGCUUUCCAUCACCCCCCCCUAUUCUCCCUCUUUCCAUCACCCUGCCCCAUUCUCCCGCUUUCCAUCACCGUCCCAUUCUCCUUCUUUCCAUCACCCCACCCAAUUCUCCCGCUUUCCAUCACCCCGCCCAUUGUCCCUCUUUCCAUCACCCCGCCCCAUUCUCCCGCUUUCCACCACCCCGCUCCAUUCUCCCGCUUUCCAUCACCCCGCCCAAUUCUCCCUCUUUCCAUCACCCCUCCCCAUUCUCCCUCUUUCCAUCAGCCCGCCACAUUCUCCCGCUUUCCAUCACCGCGCCUCAUUAUCCCUCUUUCCAUCACCCCGCCCCAUUCUCCCGCUUUCCAUCACACCGCCCCAUUCUCCCUCUAUCCACCACCCCGCCCUAUUCUCCCUCUUUCCAUCACCCCGCCCCAUUCUCCCGCUUUCCAUCACCCCGCCCCAUUCUCCCGCUUUCCAUCACCCCUCCCCAUUCUCCCGCUUUCCAUCACCCCGCCCCAUUCUCCCGCUUUCCAUCACCCCGCCCCAGGAAUGGAUCAACUAGAACCUAG